AUGUGGCGUCAAGGUGAAGUCCCGCAAGAUUUCAUGGACGCAACAGUCGUGCAUCUAUACAAGCGAAAAGGAAAUCGCCAAGUCUGCUACAAUCACCGUGGCAUCUCCUUGCUGAACAUCGCCGGGAAGAUCUUCGCUCGCAUCUAUCUCAACCGCCUCAAUAAUCAUCUGGAACAGGGCCUUCUGCCGGAAAGCCAAUGCGGAUUCCGUCGUCAUCGUGGGACCACGGAUAUGAUCUUCGCCGCCCGCCUACUUCAGGAGAAGUGUCAGGAGAUGCGGACCCACCUGUACUCUACCUUCGUGGACCUGACGAAAGCCUUUGACACGGUGAAUCGUGAAGGACUGUGGAAGAUCAUGCAGAAAUUCGGCUGUCCGGAGCGAUUCACUCAGAUGGUGCGUCAGCUGCACGACGGUAUGAUGGCGCGAGUCACGGACAAGGGAGCUGUCUCAGAGGCAUUCGCACUGACCAACGGAGUGAAGCAGGCAUGCGUACUGACACCUACCCCGAAGUCCUUCCUGAAGCGCCUGAAAAUCAACACGGCUCGCAAUCGAGCGACCGACCUGGAGGAGGACAGUGAAGACAGGCGCUGCGAUCUACGAAGCCAAUCGCAUCGCUGCGGCCAAGGCGAAACGCGAAGCCCGCAAAUCCCAACUUCGUCCAGUACGCAUCGCCGUCGCCCAACCGCUUCCAACGUGUCCUCGAUGUCAACGGACAUUCCGGGCUCGAAUCGGACUUGUUGGACACCUUCGGAUCAACUGCGCCUCUCGAACUGCGCCAACCAUCGUUCCCCCGCCCGCCUCUUCCUCCCCUCCGUCGCCAACUAA